ACGUGGAUCCAGUGGGUCUUGACGGAGGACGAACCUCAAACAGUACGGAGACCUAAGCGAAUCAGCGAAACUGAAUGUGAAAAAUUCAGACAGUUUGUCUCCAAACGAAAAUCCGGUGAUUGCACCAAUUCGCGACAUCCCCAUUCAAUUUUAAUUUCCUACUCGAAUGCAGAUCCCCAUCUGUCAAAAUGCAAUGGUGCCCUUGUAAGUGAACAUUUCGCCAUUACAACAUGUCUUUGUACAAGUACCCCGGCCCAGGUGCUGAUCAAUGGAUACGGCAGUGUAGAUAUUGCGGAGGUCACGUGUUAUCCAGAGUAUUCGGAUAGCCCUAAGAUCCACGAUUUGGCUCUGGUCAAAAUGGUGAAACCUGUGCAGCUUGCCAGCAAUGUGAUACCAGCCUGUUUGGCAAGUAACUGGACCGAGAAUUUGUACGACACACUUGUACAAACCGGAGUCGGCUUCAACAGGACUACAGGUGCACGGCAGAUCUUCGAAACGGACGAAAAUGAAGUCAUUACCGAGAAACGGUGCUUUAAGAUAUUCGACCUGGAGCAUGUGAACGUAACUCGACCCGGGGAGUUGUGUGUGAUCAACAUCGACCCUUUGCGAAUUGGUCUCGGUGGAAUACUGGGUUCACCUUUGCAGUCACAGAAUGUUCGAACCUGCAUGUCGACCUUGGUGGGGCUGUUGGACUUUGCCAUACUAAAUCCCAAGUGGCCCAAGCAUAAGCCCUGGGUGGAUGGUUAUGUUCGUAUUUCCUACUAUCUGGAUUGGAUCGAGGAGGUGGUUUGGGGAGCGGCGAAACAAGCGAGGCCUGAUGGACCUAGCAUUGUAAAUUCUUUGACGGAGAAGACAGACGAGCCGACUGUGAGUCCAACUACAAAUGAGCCUAUUAAUUAUGAUUUUGUGUUUCCUGAUCAAUUUGCCUGGUUGAUGGCCAACAGGUUUACGUGAGGUAAUCGAAUAAUAAUAUUAAACUGCUAAAACAGUGGAUCUCUUUUAUGCAUGUUUUCAACGGAACUUCUGGCCCUUCACAUGCUGUUAAGAUAUUCCUUCACAGAUUCCUCUUGUGUGAACUUAAAUAAUGUUUCCAGUGAUCCCCUCAGAAAUACAUUCAAUGUCUUCUUCAUUGACCUCUUAUAGUUUCUCUCAAGAUUCAAUCAACAAUUGUUUCAUGAAUACUACUUCGAAUUGCUUUCUCAGUCUGGCAGUCUAAAGUGGAUGUUUCUUAUGAUGUUUUUUGAACUGUUUCAAGGGGCUUAAGUUUUAUCAGCUCCCGUUGUAAGAUGUUUAAGGGUAUUUCAGCAAGCUAUAUUUUGUGAUUACCUACAGUGAACUACAGGUCUUCUCUGCAGCAUCCAGAGGUGGAAGCAUGCAUAGCUCUCUUAUUGAAGCUAAUGGUAUCCUGUGGCAGCAUCCAGUGAUAACCUUUGGGAGCUUUUUUUGAGUAAAGAUUCCAGAGUUCUGCUGAAGGAGUAUUUCCGGAGAUCUUCUAGAAGUGUGCAGAGAUAUGCUAUUAAAGUGUCCACAGCUUUCCUCUGGAAGUAUCCAGAGGAUUCCUCUGGAAAUGUGUAAAUCAUCCGUCUGGAAGUGUCCAGAGGUUUAAUUUGGAAGUGUCUGAAGGUUUUCUUUAGAGAUUCAGAGAUUCAUUAUCCUCUGGAAGUGACCACAAGAUUCCUCCGGAAGUGUCCAGAAGAUUUCACUGGAAGCGUCCAGAGGUUUUUUCUGGAAGUGCUCAAAUGUUUCCCCUGGAACUGUCCAUAGUUUUCCAUCUUGAAGUGGCCAAAAGUUUACUCUGAAAGUGUUUAGAAGUUUCCUCAGGAAUUGUCCAGGGGUUUCCUCUGGAAGUGUCCAGAGAUCCCCCUAGAAGUGUCCAGAGGUCUCCUCUGGAAGUGUUCAGAUGUCUCUUCUGAAAGUGUCCAGAUGUCUCCUCUGGAAGUGUUUAGUCUAGAAGAGUCCAGAGGUGUCUGGUAGUGUCAUGAGAUCUCCUGUGGAAGUGUCCAGAGAUCUCCUUUGGAAGUGUCCAGAGUUUUCCUCUGGAAGUGUCCAGAUGUCUCUUCUGGAAGUGUCCAGAGGUUUUCUCUGGAAGUGUCCAGAGGUUUUCUCUGGAAGUGUCCAGAGGUCCCCUCUGGAAGUGUGUAGAGGUCUCCACUUGAUGUGUCCAAAGGUCCCCUCUGUAAGUGUCCAAAGGUCCCCUGUGUAAGUGUCCAGAGACCUUCUCUAGAAGUGUCCAAUGGUAUCCUCUGGAAGUGUCCAUAAGUCUCGUCUGAAAGUGUUCAGAGGUCUCCUCUGGAAGUAUCGAGAGGUCUCCUCUGGAAGUGUCUAGAAGUCUCCUCUGGAAGUAUCCAGAGUUCUCCUCUGGAAGUGUCCAGAGGUCUG